GAGCAUGCCUACAAGGCUCGAAAAUAAACAAAGACCGAAAGCGGGUGAUUGAUCAUUAAGCUGCCAUAAACUUAACUUAAAAUACUUUAAAGGCAUUUUUUAGGUACUACAAACACUCAGCAUCUGAAGCAAGACGUCCCUACGGCAAUGGAAAACGCAUUGUUGAUGCGAGUGAGUGUUUUCUCCGACCAGGGAGGCAGGAAAUACAUGGAGGACGUUACCGAGGUUGUAGUGGAGCCCGAGCCGGGGGAAGACGAGCUUAACUCGGACGAACAAGAUGAUGCCAAAGGGGAUAGCUCGACGGUCGACACUGUGCCUGAAAACGAGCAGCCUGAUCGGACUGCAAACAACGAGCCUCUAUCUGCCUCCAAUACAGUUGCAUGGACACAACAUGUACAAAAUGGGGACCGAAGUUGUGCAGCAGCUGCACUGGCAGUAUCGACAGUGGAGAGUUCACCGGCUGCGGCCGAGAGUGAUAACCGCCCCCGGCGCUCAGUGGCUUUCUUCGCGGUGUUUGAUGGCCACGGAGGCCGCGAGGCAGCGCAAUUCGCACGGGACUAUUUAUGGGAAUUCAUCAAGAAACAGCGGGGGUUUUGGUCCAAGGAUGACGAGGAAGUGUGUGCAGCUAUUCGUAAAGGCUUCGUCGCCUGCCACCAUGCUAUGUGGAAAAAGCUGCCCGAAUGGCCCAAAACUCUCACGGGGCUGCCCAGCACCUCAGGCACCACGGCCAGUGUGGUGGUCAUCCGGGGGGACCGCAUGUACGUGGCCCACGUAGGAGACUCUGCCAUAGUGCUAGGGGUCCAGGACCACCCCACUGACCAGUUCAUCAGGGCCGUGGAGGUCACACAGGACCACAAGCCUGAGCUGCCCAAGGAGAGGGAGCGCAUCGAAGGACUGGGGGGCAGUGUGAUAAAGAAGUCUGGUGUGAACAGGGUGGUGUGGAAGAGACCCAGGUUGACUCACAACGGCCCCGUCCGGAGGAGCACUGUCAUAGACCAGAUCCCUUUCCUGGCUGUGGCCAGAGCUUUAGGGGACCUGUGGAGCUAUGACUUCUACAGCGGAGAGUUUGUGGUGUCCCCAGAGCCAGACACCUGUGUUCUGACCCUUGACCCCCAUAAACACCGUUACAUCAUCCUGGGCAGUGACGGGCUGUGGAACAUGGUGCCCCCCCAGGACGCCGUCUCCAUGUGCCAGGAUAACGAUGAGGCCAUGGCGUCGUGCGGGGUGUCCAGCGCUCGCCAGCUGGUGAGCCACGCCCUCCUGAGGUGGCGCCAGAGGAUGCUGCGUGCGGACAACACGUCGGCCAUCGUGAUCGCCCUGCAGGAGCCCGGCGUCCCCCAGGAGCCGCUCCACCAUGAGGAGGUGCUGCUCAACCUGGCCGAGGGACAGCACUGUGGCCCCACAUCGGGCUCCCGCUCCAACACACCACUCAUCAAGGUUCCAGACAUGGACAUGCCGUCUGCUGUGUGUGAGCUCCUCCCGACCCUGGAGCGGGGAAACGGCCUAUCAGGGAGCAGCCUGUACGCCCUGGCCCUAUCAGAUCCCUUCGGCCCGCCCCUCUCCGACUCGGACGACGACUCCCGCACCGGUUUUCCCUUGACGACAGACAGCCCCACCCCGGGGGAGGAGCUUAGUGAUGUCACUGCCAGGACACACGGCGGCAAACGGACGCUGGAUGAGACCUCGGCCAACUCCGCCAAGAGGACCCGGAGGAAGAAUGGCGCGAGAACGCUGGCAGGAGCGGCGGGGCAAAAGGCAGUGGAGGAAAGGACCAGAAACAGACUCCGACUCCGCCCCCCACGCUACUCCAGCAGCAACGCGGCAAGGCCACCGUCUGUGUGUGCUGAGAGAGAGACUCACACACACACACCCUCUCUCUCACACACUCUGCAGAUGGACAAACAGGGACACAAGACAGACAAUAACAUUCUGCCUCUUCUUCCACAACCUUUUACAAACGACUACUGACUGAGAGACCAGUCACUUUCAGGAUCGUAGUCUGUCUCUGGAGUGACACCUACUGGCCACGUUGAUGAAUUGCAUAUUGGCAUUGUGUUGUGCGCUCUCUUUACUCCUCUCUGUUUUCUUUCAGCUUACUCUGUUCCCUGGGAUGGGUGGAGAAUGAUUUUAAGUGCUGGUCUGUCAUUUUAAUUAUUUUUUAACCCUCCGUAAGUAACUCUGUGAUAUAAAAGAAAGGAAAACAAUUUUCUGGCUGCAAAACAGCUCUUGAGACGCAUUAAAAAGUUUCCCAAAAAUAACCAAAACAUUUGGGGUCGACGGACACUUCCAAAAAAAUAGUUUGGAAUACUGCAUCUGGUGAUUGCAACGCAUGAAAGUCCACAUAAAGCUAUAAGAUAUCUCUCACUCCCACUAUGACAUCGUGAAUACUUUUUUUUGUUUUUGUUUUUUUGCAGAGUUUAGUGCUGUUUUGCGGACAGAAAAUCACCCAAAGUAUGAAUUUGUCCAAUCUGUAAAUAUUCUGCAAAUCUUGACGUGGGGUUCAUUGAUAAGUACAUGUGUUACUUACUUUAAAGUAAAGCAAUAUAUUUUUAUACAUUGUUUUAUUUGACUAUUGUAGAAGCUACAGAAGAGGAUAACCAACCAUUUUAGAUUCAAUACAUUUCCGCCAUCACCUAAACUCACACGUUGUCCUAAUAAUCUUGAUAUUCACUUGAUAUGUCAUAAUCUUGACAUUCAAUCCCCCUUUAUGGUUUUACUAUGCCCAUCCUGGUUUUAAAAUGGGAUUUAUAUGUGUUGUGUUUUCGAUUUGUGUAUUCUGUUAUUUCUUCACAUAUUGAAUGAGAUCAUCCCGAACUGAAGGUGCUGUUACAGUUAAAACUAAUGAACUAAUAAUUCAUUAAUAGUUGAAGAAGGUGAACUGUAUAAUAUAGUCAGUCAGGAUGUUGUUGUUCCCUCUGUCAGAUGAGAUCACAUGACACCUUGUGGCCAUUACCUGUAACUGCAAUGCUUUGCCUAUUGGUCCCUUUCUGCUAUGUUUUACCCCCCAACAACAACAUCUGCAGAAAAUGAACUGUAGGGAAAUACACACGCUGCAGUUGAGUCUAGGGGUUCUGCUGUCUGCAGUGGUCUUAGAGAAAAGGGUUGUUGGGAACUAGCUAGUUGUCAAUAUACAUUUGUUUUUUAGUUUUUUAGAGGGGUUUGAAUUCGGGAAGAAUACUGGGGGAAAAGGUGUUACUUAAAAUAACU